UGUCAAUAUCUUUCAGCGAAAGCGAAAAGCGAAACUUGCAGAAGUUUUUGAAAAUAGUGCAUUGAACUGCAUUUGUUGAUUUUGAAAAAUAAUAAUACUUCUCUCUAUCCUACCAAUAAACCAUGUCGGGUCGAGGGAGAAAUUACCGCGGCAAUCGCCGCAACCAGACGCUGUCGUCCGUAGCGCGUGAGAAUGCUCUCUCGCUGCCAGCAGACAGUCCCGUGCUGGCGAUGUUCAAGAGCGCCGCGAGACAGCUCAACGACCGUCACGACCGCCACGAGAGGCUCGUCAAGCUGUCCCGCGACAUCACCAUCGAGAGCAAGCGCAUCAUAUUCUUGUUGCAUUCUGCCAUUACAAAAGAAUCAAAAGAAAAAGCUGUCACUGAAGCCAACGAAAGACUGAACAAACUUGUCCAAGGUCCGAUUAAGUACAUUGGCUUGGAAUUGGAAAAAAGCCCAGCGUAUUUACAUUCCCGUGCCGUAACCGCUGGCUUCCAGGAGUUCAUUGAAGCAAAGACACUAUGCUCUCUUGUGGACAAAGGUACACUCGUAACUUGGGAGGAAGUCAAGAAAGAUAUGGAAUAUACCAUAACAGAAACAACUGAUGAUGGAGACUCAGAAAGGAAAGUAGUAACGAUGCUCACCUAUUUAGACUACAUGCUGGGGGUGGCAGACCUCACCGGAGAAUUGAUGAGACGGGCUGUAAAUAGUAUUUCGAGUGGAGACAGUCAGGAAUGUUUCCAGUCUUGUCAAUAUGUGAGGGAUUUGUACACAGGAUUUUUAGGUCUGUUUGGUAUGGGCAAAGAGCUGUCUCGUAAGAUGAAUACAACACGGAAUAAUGUGGCCAAGGUUGAGUUGGCUGUGUAUGCUCUGAAAGUCCGAGGUGGUGAAGCCCCGCCCACUUUGCUCAUACAGCAACCACCCAUGAAUGACUGGGAAGAAUCUGCACACCAUUCUGAUGAUGAAGGAUAUUAUUAAGAAUAAAACUAUGUUAACAUUA